AUGUAUUGUGGGAAAACGUUCUCGACUAUAACUAAAGCUGUUCUACACGAGCGCACUCACACUGGAGAAAAGCCUUACGCUUGUCGUCAUUGUGGCCAGCGUUUUGCAGUGUCGGGAACUCUCCGUACACACGAGCGCAUUCACACAGGAGACAAGCAUCACUGUCCGCAUUGCGAGAAAAGUUUUUUACUGGCAGGAGAUCUCAAAUCGCACAUCCACACUCACACUGGAGAAAGACCUUACCAUUGUCGGCAUUGCGAUAAAAGUUUUUCAAGCAAACGAGCUCUCAGACCGCACGAGCGCACUCAUGCGGGAGAAAAGCCAUACCAUUGUAAUCUUUGCGGGAAAAGUUUUUCACACGCGUCAAGUCUCAAAUCGCACAUCCGCAUUCACACCGGAGAAAAGCCCUGCCGUUGUCAUCAUUGUGGAAAAAGUUUUACACAGGCGGGAAAUCUCCGUAAACACUUGCGUAUCCACUCAGGAAAAAGGCCUCACUGCUGUGAGCAUUGUGGGAAAAGUUUCUUAUGGGAGAAAGGCCAUAUCAUUGCAAACAGUGUAAGAAAAGUUUUACACAGUCAGGACAUCUCCAAAGACACCAGCGCACUCAUCAAGCGGUCUAAUGAUGUGUGUGCCCUGAUUGACGCUUUCCAAGAGGCAGGAAGUGUCAAGAAGCAGUAG